GCACAUGCAACACACGUGCCGCUCUCAAGUUCAUUAUUAAAUAGAUCCCUUCUCUUCCAUACCUCAGCGCGUUGCAGACAUAGAAAGCAAUCACACCUUCACUUCAGCCUUAUCCAAUUUAGGGUUUCGGUUCUUGACCCUACCUUUGACGUAUCGAAACCUUAAAUUUAGGAUCAGGUCUGAACAAUCUGGUUGGUGGAACCUUUGGUGAUAGAGAGUCAAGUUUUAUGUCUGAAUUAGACGCUCAAAUUCCUACUGCCUUCGAUCCUUUUGCUGAGGCAAAUGCUGAUGACUCGGGUGCUGGGUCAAAGGAGUAUGUGCAUAUUCGCGUGCAACAGCGCAAUGGUAGGAAAAGCCUGACAACUGUUCAGGGAUUGAAAAAAGAAUUCAGCUAUAACAAGAUACUUAAAGACGUUAAGAAAGAGUUCUGUUGCAAUGGCACAGUUGUUCAGGACCCAGAACUAGGACAGGUUAUUCAACUUCAAGGUGAUCAGCGGAAAAAUGUUUCUGCCUUCCUAGUCCAGGCUGGUAUUGUGAAGAAGGAGCAUAUCAAGAUUCAUGGUUUCUGAGCGAUUGGAGUCUCAAGUAUCCAGACUUACCUGCCAAAAUAUGUGCUGGACAUAGAUAAUUUGAGUUGUCUGUUACUGUGGUAUAUCAAGUGUGUUCUGGUAUUUAACUAUGUGUGGGAUUAUGGACUUUGGAACAUUGUGUGUUAUUUGCUUAAGACGUAUAUGAAAAACCAGUUUAAUGGACUUCUUUUC